AUGAGACACAGAUUCGCCGAUGAAUUUGGGGCAGAGAUAGGCGACGCUAUCCAGCGCGAGGCCGAGGAGACAUCCAUGAUCCUCCUGGUAGGCGCCACAGGCGCAGGCAAAAGUCACUUCAUCAAUUCGAUCGUGCCUGGGGCAUGUGCUACUUCAGCGAGAUUGGGUUCAUGCACACAGCAGCCCGCCGCAAUCUAUACGAGCUUUGAUGGAAAGCCUCUUAUACUGAUCGACACGCCAGGUUUCAAUGACACCAGAAGCCGGCAUGGGCGCUCCGACGCAAUCAUCCUCAGCGAGAUUGCCCGGUUGAUUGCGCUCCAGUCGGCGAUGGGAGUGCAGAUGAGAGGGAUACUUUAUCUGCACGACAUUCUCUCCGCCAGAAUGACGGGCGAAGCUGUCCGGCAACUCGAGCUGCUUCAACAGAUUUGCGGCGAGAACUGCUGGGACCACGUCACAUUCGUUACAACUAAGUGGCCCGAUGAAGCGAGUCAAGGGGUUUUGGAACUUGGGACCAAGGAAAGUGACCUUCGCCGGAUAUUCUGGCGCCCAAUGCUCCGUAAGAAAGCGAAAAUGUUCCGAUUCGAGAACAGCCGCGCGUCUGCCGAAACUAUACUUCGCUCUUUGAUGUCCCAGGCUCCGGUCAAGUUUGCCUUGCAGGAGGAGAUGGACAGUGGGAAGACGCUGGCGGAGACGACUGCAGGCAAGUUUAUCAUUUGCGCAAGGGAGCAGGACGAGAAGCGGAUUCAAGCGCUCAAGGAAGGGCAUCAAUCUAGUGCCGCAGCAUCCGGUCCUUCAGCAACGGUGGCAGACACAGACGACGACGUGGAGGAGCUGUACGAGCAUAUCGAGACCCGGAGAAAGACCGAGAAUGUGCUGGAAGAGGAUGUGAAUGAGGAGCUCGAAAAAGACUUGAAGACUAAAAUGAAGGACUUUUUGAAAGGCGGCAAAAAGCCCACGGUGACGACAAUCCUUAGUCUCCUCAUCGGCUUGAGCUCCUUUGCAUUCAACUUGAUAACAGCCUUGGCAUAA